AUGGGUCUCUUCCACCAUCACCACGACCAUCCCCAAGGUGGUCCCGGCCCCCAGGGCGGACCAGGUGGUCCUGGUCCUCAGGGCGGAUUUGGCGGUCCUCAGGGCGGUCCCCCUGGUGGCGGCCCUCACCACGGUGGUUCCGGUGGUCCCGGCGGUCCUGGAGGCCCCGGAGGCUUCGGUGGCCCUCAUGAAGGAGGCCCUCACGGCGGACCUGGAGGCCCUGGUGGCCACCAAGGCGGAUUUGGCGGACAGGGUGGCUCUCACGGUGGUCCCGGAGGCCCUGGAGGUCCUGGAGGUCCUGGCCAACAUGGCGGUCCCCACGGCGGUGGUCCCGGUGGCCCCGGCGGCCCCGGUGGUCCUCAGGGUGGCGGUGGCCGCUGGUAA